UUGAAGGUCCAUGUCAGUAUAAUCUCCACUGGCUUCUUUCAUUCUUUUAUUUUAAAAUGUAUGAAUUCCCCAAGGUUGUCCCCUUACUUACCCUUUCCUUUUUCUCUACAGUUUCCCUUACUCCAGAAGCUUGCUGGCCCUGUCCUGCAUUCAUAUAUGUUUUGUUUGGCCCUUCCCUAUACAGAAACUCACUGAUUCCACAAUGCCCAGCAGAUAGAGUUCAAACUCCUUAGCUUAACAUUUGAGGCCCUGACCAGCCUGACUCUAGAUAACCUUUCCUCUGGGUUUCAGGGGCUCCCAGUUGCCAACCCCAAGUCGUCUAGGUAAUUGGAAAUAAACAACAACAAGAACAACAACAAACAGGAAUGCUUCAAAGUCAAAGAUAAUAACGAUAGUAAGUUUGGGCUAAGAGCCCUAGAUUUUUCUCUAUCAUCAUCAGAGUUGACCUAAGGUAAUAAUUGAAAACAUGAUUUUUCUAGCCUCCCUGGGACAGUAUAGCAUUUGGUUAGGAGUGCAGGGGCUAGCCAGAUAGUUUGGCUCCACUAUUUAUUUUUGGCUAUAUGCCUUUGGGCACAUUUCUAACCUUUUUCUGACCGUUUCUUUCUCUAUCAAAAGGAGAGUAUCUGCCCUAUGGGAUUAAGGAUUAAGCUCAAUAAUGUGUGUAAACUGUUUAAACACAGUCGUUAGUAGAUGGCCAAUAAAUGGUACCCAUUAUUAUCUUUAUUAUUGCCGCUUCACCUCUAAGCACAUUCACACAAUUCAUUCAAGUCAUUAUUAGUGGAUUUGACUGAAUGGGAGUCAAACCUGGCUUCCCACAAACUGUGUGGUCACAGGCAAAUCCCUUCCCUGGACCUUGGUUUUUCCGUCUGUAAAAUAGGGGUAUGUUGCCAGAAUGGGGAAGAUGCACCACGCACAAGUUAGCCUAGUGAAUCUUCAAAAUUCCUGACACCUCUAAAGCCCCAUGGGGGUAAAGCCACAAUGUCUUUCAGAAGGCAGUUCAAUCCUAUCUCCAGACAGGCAAGUCUGAAUCCUGAUCUUUUUUCUUAACCUUAAGGAAUUCAUCCCUUUUUCAGCUUCAUUUUCCCUGUUUGUAAAACAACAACAACACAGUUUUUUAAAACUAACACACGUGGGGCGCCUGGGUGGCUCCGUCGGUUGAGAGUCUGGCUCAGGUCAAGAUCCCAGGGUCUACGGAUAGAGCCCCACAUCCGGUUCCCUCAGAGAAACCCUGUUUAGGAUUCUCUCUCUCCCUCUCCCUCUGCCCCUCCGCCCCCUCUCAAAAAACAAAAACAAACAAACAAACAAAAACCCCACACAGGUUACGUCCUUCCUGGCAGUGUUCCUACAGGCACCAAACUAACUAGGUCUGACCUUCUUUCUGCUCCUAAGCUUCUCAACUCGUUCCCCACCCCUACCCACCUGCCUCCUUUCCCUUCUCUGAAGGGCUCAAGUGCUUUAGGUCACUUCUGCACUUCUGCAUCAUAAAUACGAUCCACAUGGACGCUUUAACUAUGAAGGGCCGAAGAGGGCAAGCUGAAGAAUGAAUGGAAGGGACUCCGGAAUGCAGUGGCAGCUCAGGCCCCGCCCCCAGGCGCGCCCCUCCCCGCCCCUCUCUCUUUCCGACACCAGUUCUCUGGAGACAGGCCUCAACUCUCUCUUCAAAUCACGCUCCACGACUGGAUUCUCGUGAGACCUGUGACUUGCACCGGAAGACCCGCCUCCUGUGCCGUGAAAGGCCAAUGGGUGAAGGCGACGGUUGCGACGGUUGGGUUUUGAAGGAGCCAAUGAGUGCUCAGAGCGGAGAGUUUAAGAAGCGGAGGCCGGCACUGCAGAGACCGGUCUGGGAUCGGAAUCUAGUCGGAGCUGGAGGGCUCCGCGGGCAUCCACUCCAAGGACCCCUCCUCCUGCAGACGCUCCCAUGGCGCAGUUCGUGUUCGAGAGUGACCUGCACUCGUUGCUGCAGCUGGAUGCACCCAUCCCCAAUGCACCCCCUGCGCGCUGGCAGCGCAAAGCUAAGGAAGCUGCGGGACCGGCCCCCUCACCCAUGCGGGCCGCCAACCGAUCCCACAGCGCAGGCAGGACCCCAAGCCGAACACCCGGCAAAUCUAGCUCCAAGGCACAGACCACUCCCAGCAAACCUGGUGGUGACCGCUAUAUCCCCCAUCGCAGCGCUUCCCAGAUGGAAGUGGCCAGUUUCCUCCUAAGCAAGGAGAACCAGCCUGAAAAUAGCCAGACGCCCACCAAGAAGGAACAUCAGAAAGCCUGGGCUUUGAAUCUGAACGGCUUUGAUGUGGAGGAAGCCAAGAUCCUUCGGCUCAGUGGAAAACCACAAAAUGCCCCAGAGGGUUACCAGAACAGACUGAAAGUGCUUUAUAGCCAGAAGGCCACGCCUGGCUCCAGCCGGAAGACCUGCCGUUACAUUCCUUCCCUACCAGACCGUAUCUUGGAUGCCCCUGAAAUCCGGAAUGACUACUACCUGAACCUUGUGGACUGGAGCUCUGGGAAUGUACUGGCUGUGGCGCUGGACAACAGUGUGUACUUGUGGAGUGCUAGCUCUGGUGACAUCUUGCAGCUGCUGCAAAUGGAGCAGCCUGGGGACUAUAUAUCUUCUGUGGCCUGGAUAAAAGAGGGCAACUACCUAGCUGUGGGCACCAGCAGUGCCGAGGUGCAGCUAUGGGAUGUGCAGCAGCAGAAGCGGCUUCGAAACAUGACCAGUCAUUCGGCUCGAGUGGGCUCCCUAUGCUGGAACAGCUAUAUCCUGUCCAGUGGCUCACGCUCUGGCCAUAUCCACCACCAUGAUGUUCGGGUAGCAGAACACCAUGUGGCCACACUGACUGGCCACAGCCAGGAGGUGUGUGGGCUGCGCUGGGCCCCAGAUGGACGACAUUUGGCCAGUGGUGGCAACGAUAACGUGGUCAAUGUGUGGCCUAGUGCUCCCGGAGAGGGUGGCUGGGUUCCCCUGCAGACAUUCACCCAGCAUCAAGGGGCUGUCAAGGCUGUAGCCUGGUGUCCCUGGCAGUCCAACGUCCUGGCAACUGGAGGGGGUACCAGUGACCGGCACAUUCGCAUCUGGAACGUCUGCUCUGGGGCCUGUCUGAGUGCUGUGGAUGCCCAAUCCCAGGUGUGCUCCAUCCUCUGGUCUCCCCACUACAAGGAGCUCAUCUCGGGCCACGGCUUUGCCCAGAACCAGUUGGUUAUUUGGAAAUACCCAACCAUGGCCAAGGUGGCUGAGCUUAAAGGUCACACUGCCCGGGUCCUAAGUCUGACCAUGAGCCCAGACGGGGCCACAGUGGCAUCGGCAGCAGCAGAUGAGACCCUGAGGCUGUGGCGCUGCUUUGAGUUGGACCCUGCACGGCGGCGGGAGCGGGAGAAAGCCAGUGCAGCCAAAAGCAGCCUCAUUCACCAAGGCAUCCGUUGAGGACCAACUCAUCACCUCAGUUUUUUGUUUUUGUUUUUUAUUUUUCUAAUAAAGUCAUGUCUCUCUCUC